CGGCCACCGUUCAAUUGCCCGGGGUGGUUGGUUUAUCAGAAGGCGAUCGGCUUAUCAAACGGGCCAAUAAACGGAGCAGGAGCGGCCGAUCGAAGGGGGAACGGAAGCCGAGCGGCAGCUCGUCGGCAGACCGCUCCGGAGUCCGCUCCGAUGGCGUCUAUAGAUUGCCCUGCAAUGGCGACAAAAAUGCCACCAAUUUGACCAGCAACACGCCAUACCAAUUCGAUUUCCAUUUCAAAUCGUCGAGCGGCUCGAGCCACAAAUCCAAGUUAAUGCCGAAUGGGCUGGUCAACAAAACCCCCAGGCCAGACCAGACCUCUAUUGAUAGCUCCAGAGCCCGCGAUGGGCAUGUGAGACUGAUUAAAGUGGCAUUAUAAAUAGAUCUCGAGUAUGUGGUUGGGUCUUAAUCGAAAUUGGGUAACAUUGGGUCAGACAGUAUUUAUGGUAUUUACGAUAAAUAAACAAAUUCAACUGCCUUAGGCCUUAGGCUUCUAUUGUUUAAAAUUUUAGUCCAAUAAGGGGGGUUCUAUUAUGGAUCUAUGGUAACCCCCCGAGAAAAAAAUAUCUAGAAAGCUUUGCUUGUAACUUCGUUGAUGAAUCUUUGAAAAUUUGUCGCUCCUUUGGCAUCAAAUUCAACAAUAAACCAAAAUACUAAGGUUAAAGGUUAAUCCCUAGUUGGAAAAUCAUGAACCCCCAUCCAACCGACAACGAUAACUGUCUUCUGUGGGAACGAAAUUUCGACAAGUCCUAUGGCGAAGCUGAAGAGCUGAUUCAUAGCCUGAAGGACGAGGCUAAGAAGCAGGAGUGCGACUCCCCCUACUCAGUGGAUAGCGUUAUGAAAGAAGCUUCCAAGAUCAUAGACUCUCAAGUGGAUCGAAUGAGGAACGACUUGAAAGCCAAAGAGUCCCUUAUUCAAUCCAUGCGAGAGCAGAUUUUCAAGAGAUUUCCAGACCCAGCGCCGCAAUCAAGCCCCCAAAAGGUACCUCAGGAAACCGCCAACAAGCGCCUGAAGCAGAAGCUCCAGGAAGUACUGAAAAUUGAUGAAAAGCUGGAGGCCGAGGCAGAAAGAUCCAUUACCGAAAUCAAUAUCGAUUUGGAGAAACACCAGGCGGACCUCAAAAAGUUGCAUGAAAGCCAAGUCGAGGAGUACAUGGUGGUCCAGGAAGAAAUUAAGAACAGUUUCUUCAAGGACAUGGACAAGCUGAUGGAGAGAUUCGACGAGGAGAUGUCACGUUUUCGAAAGGACAAUGCCGAACUUUUGGCAGACCACCAAGCGAAGCACAACAAGGACUCUCAAGGAGCAGCUAGCACACAUCAGCCAUAAGAUUGUUUUAAAUUUUAUUUCUAAAAGUAAAGUAAAAAUUUGUGUUUUUAA